GGCCCGGAAGGGACCAGUCGCGCUUCCGUCCCCGGGGGGGAGGCACGGAGGGCGGAGCAGCAGCCAGAGGACGCUACGCGAGCCCAGUUCCGGCGAGGAGGCCGCGCCAGUGACAGCGAUGGCGGCGGAGUCGGCGCUCCAAGUUGUGGAGAAGCUGCAGGCGCGCCUGGCCGCGAACCCGGACCCGAAGAAGCUAUUGAAAUAUCUGAAGAAACUCUCCACCUUGCCUAUUACAGUAGACAUUCUUGCGGAGACCGGGGUUGGGAAAACGGUAAAUAGCUUGCGAAAACACGAGCAUGUCGGAAGCUUUGCCAAGGACCUAGUGGCCCAGUGGAAGAAGCUGGUUCCUGUGGAACGAAACACUGAGCCUGAUGAACAGGACUUUGAGAAGAGCAAUUCUCGAAAGCGCCCCAGGGAUGCCCUUAAGGAGGGGGAGGGGGAGGGGGACUACCCAGGCAGCUGGAGAGCCUCCGGCAGCCAGUCGUGCAGUCCUGAUAACAGGCAGAAGAAACACAGAAAACUCCCGGAGCUUGACCGGCCUCACAAAGUAUCUCACAGUCAUGAGAGGAGAGACGAGAGAAAGAGGUACCACAGAGCUUCUCCAGUUUACUCUUCAGACCACGAAUCUUCGGACUACGGCCAUGUUCAGUCCCCACUGUCAUCCGCCAGCCCUCAUCAGAUGUCUGUGGACCAUUACAGAUCCCUGGAGGAGGACCACGAGCCCUUUGUUUCACACCAGAAGCCUGGCAAAGGCCACAGUAAUGCCUUUCAGGACAGACUGGGGGUCAGUCAAGAACGACACCUGGGUGAAGCCCAGGGGAAAGAGGUCGUGAGUCAGAGCAAGGAGCACAGAUCUUCCCAUAAAGAAAAACGUCCGGUGAAUUCCAAAGGAGAUGAGAAGUCGUCUUUGAGCAGAGAAAAAUCACACAAGGCCAUCUCCAAAGAGGAAAACCGGCGGAGGCCACCCUCAGGGGACAGUACAAAGGAGAAAGCGCCCUCUAGUGGUGUCAAGAAAGAGAAGGAAAAAGAGGGCAGCACCAAGAAGCUUUUACCCCCCUUGGAGGUGGCAUCAGACAACCACCUUAAAAAGCCAAAAUACAGAGACCCAGAGAAAACCAAAUCAGACAAAAACAAGCAGAGUCUAGAAAGCUUAGACACAGGCAAGGGGGCAGGAGACCUGUUGCCCAAGGCAAAAGAGAAGGUUUCUAACAACCUAAAGGCUCAAGAAGGAAAAGUAAAACCUUCUCAUUUAGAUAGAAAGUCCGUGGGCUCCUUCCUUAAAGCUGAGGAGGCAGACGUGGAUGAUGAAUUCGAGCAGCCCACCAUGUCUUUUGAGUCAUACCUCAGCUAUGACCAGCCCCGGAAGAAAAAGAAAAAGAUCGUGAAAACUUCAACCACGACUCCUGGAGAAAAAGGAUUAAAAAAAAAUGAUUCAAAAAGCACUAGUAAAAACUUGGACUCAGUUCAGAAACUACCUAAGGUGAACGAAAACAAGUCAGAGAAGCUUCAGCCAGCUGGAUCCCAUUCAGCCAAGCUGAAAAAGGUCCCCAGCGAUGUGCUGCCAGUGUUACCAGACCUUCCAUUACCUGUGAUACAGGCCAAUUACCGCCCACUUCCUUCCCUUGAAUUGAUAUCUGCCUUCCAACCAAAGCGAAAAGCACUCUCCUCAUCCCAGGAAGAGGAAGAAGCUGGAUUCACCGGACGAAGAAUGAAUUCCAAGAUGCAGGUCUAUUCUGGUUCCAAGUGUGCCUAUCUCCCCAAAAUGAUGACCUUGCACGAGCAGUGCAUCCGGGUGCUUAAAAACAACAUUGACUCAAUCUUUGAAGUGGGAGGCGUCCCAUAUUCUCUCCUUGAACCUGUUUUGGAGAGGUGUACACCUGAUCAGUUAUAUCGCAUAGAGGAGUACAAUCACGUAUUAAUUGAAGAAACGGAUCAAUUAUGGAAAGUUCAUUGUCACCGAGACUUUAAGGAUGAAAGGCCAGAGGAGUAUGAGUCGUGGCGGGAGAUGUACCUGCGGCUUCAGGAUGCGCGAGAGCAGCGGCUGCGACUCCUCACAAAGAAUAUCCGAUCUGCGCACGCCAAUAAGCCCAAAGGCCGACAAGCAAAAAUGGCCUUUGUCAACUCUGUGGCCAAGCCACCUCGUGAUGUUCGGAGGAGGCAGGAGAAGUUUGGAACAGGAGGUGCAGCUGUGCCUGAGAAAAUCAGGAUCAAGCCGGCGCCGUACCUCUCAGGAAGCAGCCGCUUGGGCAGUGGCGGCAGCAACAGCUUUAACGCCAGCCCCGAGGAGCCGGCCUACGACGGCCCGAGUACCAGCAGUGCGCACUCGGCACCCGUGGUCAGCAGCACUGUUUCCUGUGAUCCUAGGAAACCGACUGUGAAGAAAAUUGCCCCAAUGAUGGCCAAGACGAUUAAAGCGUUCAAGAACAGAUUCUCCCGACGAUAAACUGAGGACUUAGCUUGGAAAUGACUUAGCUUGGAAAUGAAAUUUGCGGGGAGGAAUACGAGGACAGGGUGGGGGGGUUGGGGAAUGGAACUUCCAGAGAAGACCAGGAUCUUUCGCUUCGUGGAGGCUUUUGGUCUCCAAGUCCUGCACAGUCAGCAGGCGUCGUGCCUGUGCCUGUGUCCGCAGCUGCCGCCUCCCUGCCUGGCGAGCACUUCCGAGUUCUGAAGAUGUGAAGCCUCACGCUCACUGAGGAUUUUAAGGUCAAUUGUACCUUUGUUGCUAAUUACCUUCUUUGUAAACUAUAAGACAUAGUUUUAAUUAAUAAAUAUUGCCCCCAGAUUGUAUUUAUAUUA